UUCAAGUUUGCCCGUCCAGCAACUCUUUCCUAUUAUCCCCCAAGAAAAGAAAACAUCCAAGAGCCUUCCCUGCAAAAUGGCAUAUAGCAGCAUUCUGCAAGACUUGUUGGCAUCGACAAGUCAUCUUUCACUUGUUGUUGUCGCUUCAUUUUUCACUUCCAUUCUGUUCAUAUACAUCCGAAAAUUUUCAAGGAGUGAGGAUGACUCGAUUCCGCUGUAUACCCCUCAGACAGUUGGACUGGGCAACUACAAAAAGCGAUGGUCCUAUGACAACCCCAAUGCGCUCCGGGAAGCAUACUCAAAGUUUCGUGACGCGCCGUUCAAGAUAUGGACAAGCCAAGGGAACCAACUCGCUCUUCCCGCACGAUAUUUGGACGAAUUAAAGAUGCUACCAGACACCAAGUUUCCAUCAGCCCUACAAAAUUUUUUCAUAGGCCCAUAUCUUUGGCCUGUCGAGUCUUGGAAACUAAACUAUGUUCACAAAGGCCUCCACAAAGACCUCACUAAGCACUUGCCAUCCAUGUUUACCGAUGCCAAGCAGGGGGCCGAUAAUCUGAUCCCCACCGAAUUCCCUGAUUGCAAAGAUUGGACCACCGUAAAAGUUUACCCCAGCAUCUUAAGACUCGUAAGCAGGAUCAACACGAAGAUCUUGGUGGGGAAUGGGCUCGAUCAAAAUAAUGAUUGGGUUGAAAUCAGUGCAAGCUAUACCAGGAACAUCUUCUUGUCUUCAGCAAAGUUGAGAGUAUUUCAUCCCCUGCUGCGGCCGGCCGUGCAAUUCUUCAUUCCAGAGCUUCGCGACGUCUGGCGAUGCAAUAGUCGAGCUCAAGAACUCUUGGCCCCUAUCUUAGCCCAAAGGGUUGCUCGUGAGAAGACGGGCGAUGUCAAGAAACCAGUCGACUCCAUUGAAUGGAUUCGCGAUGACGCGAGUGACCCCAAAGACAAGAACGAUCCUCACUUGCACGCCAUCCUGCAGCUCAUCCUCUCUGCCCUGAGCGUGAACACAACAAGCCAGCUGCUAACCAACUGCAUAUUCAACCUAGCUAACUGGCCCCAAUACGUGCCUAUGAUCAGAGAGGAGCUUGAGAAAACCCUUGAAGAGGUCGGUGGGGAGUGGACAAUGGAUAGCAUGGCGAAGCUGGAGAAGCUCGACAGUUUCAUCAAAGAGACGCUGCGACACAGUGGCCAUUUGACCCUGACCUUCCAACGCCAAGCCAAAAAAGACAUCACGCUGUCCGACCGCACCACCAUCCGCGAGGGCUCCACCGUCUUCAUCCCUACAAACGCCAUCAACUUCGACGACACGCUCUACCCGGACCCCGACACCUUCGACGGCCUGCGUUUCUACAACCUGCGCCACGCGUCUCCCGACAACGAGAAGAAGUUCCAGUUGACCAGUAUUUCCAAAGAGCAGAUGCAGUUUGGCUUGGGCCGGCACGCAUGUCCUGGACGCCACAUCGCCGGCCAUCAAGUCAAGCUCAUUCUUGCCCAUCUCCUCGGAAAAUACGAUUUCAAGCUCAAAGAUGGCGAGGGGAGGCCAAAGACGGUGCUGUUCCAGACUAACCAGUUUCCAGACCCCCACGGUGAAAUCUUGUUCAAGAACAGGGAAUAG